AGCGGCAAUGGAGUUAAAAAGAGUUACCCCGAUAAGGUGCAAGUCUAUGGUUAUGAUAGCAUUUCUUUGAAAGAGAAAGUGAAGAAGAGAAGAAAAAAGAAAGAAAGAAAAAAGAAAAGAAAACAAAUCAUCGCAUGAUUGUAAUUUGUACUGUAGUACAAGUUAACGGGUUUCUGUACGUAGUGAGACGGUUUGCAGUUGCACGUACAGUUAUAUUUAUGAAAAGGACUUUGAGAAAUCGUCUGAAGAUACACAGAGCUGAAAUUUCGACUGUUCUCUCCACCACAUCUACACAAGUCCACAGACGAAGAGCUGAGCGAAAAUAUGCCAUCAGCAAGUCCUCUGUAUAAUUUUCCUGCUAUGACGGGAGAAGCAGACUGCGCGUACAGAGUGCCCUCUACCGACUGUUUCCAAGACACACGUUUUCCAAGCGGCUACGACCCGUUUCAGUCACUCAGCGCCAUGGCGGCUCAGACAUUCACCGGAAAUGCACCGAUCUCUGCUGGCUCCAGUUGCCAGAGUACACAUUUUAAUGGGUUGCCUAGCAACAUGCAGCAGUUAAAUAACUGUGCGUCACCGGUGACGCCUUCACCGCCACAGUACCUGACGAGUACCAGUUCAGCCUACUGCAUGUACAGCGCAUCAUCGGACAGUCGGCGGUCAAGCAACAUUUCCAUGAGCGACGACUCGUGUCAACUCGGCAUCUCCAAGAAAACGUUUCCGUCCCCGGCAGAUGACAUGUAUGAAGAACAAGAUGGAUUUCUAAGCUGGACUCGAAAGCACCCCGAGCACUGGUCGUGUAAGGAGGUUCUUGAUUGGCUGUUUUUCCUGGGUCAGGAGAAAGGCCUGGACAUGAGCGAGUUGCGAGGAGAAGGCUUUCAGAACCUCACCGGGUCUCAGCUGUGUCGCCUGACGGAGGAGGAGUUCUUCCAGAUAGACCCCAAGUUUGGAAAACUCUUCUACGAAAUGCUCAAAAAGAUGUUACUUAGUGGUGUUAUUUUCACGAAACCGGAGAUCUCGACUCCAGAGUUGCAGGAGCUCACCUCGUUUAACCCGACUCCGUGUGAGUCGGCUUCCAGAACAUUCCAGUCGUGUAGCUCACCAGUCUACCACGAACUCGUCCGGAAGGAGGAUCAUCCACAGCAGUAUACAGGUUUUCAAUUACCGGAAGGGUACAUGAAGCCUGAACGACAAGACGUUCUGCCUUCUGACGUCAUUGAUAUUGGUCCAUAUGACUUCGAUCUCAACGACCCACCGUCACUUCCGCCAGCAACCGGAAAUGGAGUACAAACAUAUCCAAAUUACUGCCAGCCGGAGAUGGAGAUUUAUAAUCAUCCCUAUUCCACCUCCAUGACAGUUAGAAAUUUCAAUAUUUCUCAAGGUCAUUUUCCGCAGCAGCUACCUCGACGUCGUCCGGGCAGACCCCGUGUCAAAAGCUUACCCGAGGACGUCGCCAGGUCACACAAAGACAAAAAAGUGAAAAAUCAACACCUGUGGGAAUUCAUCUACGAAGCGCUAAUGAACCCACUGUACAACCCGCAGUUUCUGCGGUGGGAGAACCAAAGAGAGGGCGUGUUCCGCUUUGUCCAGUCGGAAGCCGUAGCUCAGCUGUGGGGGAGUCUGAAGAGCAAUGACAACAUGACGUACGAGAAACUCAGUCGAGCCAUGAGGCAUUACUACAAACGGGGCAUUCUGGAACGAGUCGAAGGGAGACGACUCGUGUACAAGUUUUCUCUAAAGGCAAUGGAGAGAGUUCGAGAAAAGAGGCAUAACUCUGUGUAAAAGACCGAGAAAAAUAUAACUCUUUAUGAGAGAGUUCGAAAAAAAGAGACAUAACUGACAGAGCGGGGAAAGGCACAUGGAACUGUGUGAAUGGUUUUGUGAAAUGAGACAUAACUGAGAGAGUUUGGGAAAAGAUAUAUAACCUUAGUGAGUGUGGGAACAAAACUCUACAUUUAACUGAGAGAAAGGAUGUGACAAGAUACUUAACUGAGAGAGUUUUUGAAAUAAAAGACAACUCUGAGACAGUUUGAUAAGAGAGACAACUAUGUGUGUAGAGGUAAUGAAUGAUGACGUUUAACGGCGAAUGUGCUGAUAUUUUGAAAAACAAUUAACUAUGGCAGCAAAUACAAUGAUUAAUUAUUCAAAAUGGCAGCUGAUUCAUUUUAACUGCAUAGUCCAAUUAAAAUAGUUGGAUGAGAGAUUUUUGCCAUCAUGGAACGAAGUGAAGGGACACUGAUAUGUAACGAAAAAACUAUGAAAUAAACUCGUGUGUACAGACCAUUCCAGACGCCAUGAUGUUUAGAUGAUGACGGCUGACAUUAUGAUUAUACAGCUGAAAUGGGUAACUUCUCUCUAACACAAUCUGUACCGAGCAGGACCAUUACAGACAUCAUGCUGUUUAGAAAAUGACUUUAUGAUUUUAAGACGGAAAUGGUUUGCAGUUUGUAUCAGGUUUAACAACUGCGAUUUGUUAGACACAACCAUCUGUUCAAGAGAACAAACUGAGUGGUCACUGGAACAAAAAUCCUUUUCUUGGAACUUGUUUUUACAGUUUUGCGACGAUUGCUAUUGUUUAGCACAACAGUAAUUCCUGACACGUCUGCUACGAGAACAGAUACGAAACACGCCAGAAGCUAGUCUUAUUGCUAUAUGGUAAACAAGAAAGAACACUCCAAUUUAAGGAAUGAAAUACUUAAUGUUAUGGAUAUUUUCUAUAGAAUUAUAACCCGAGUGUCUGGUACCAUGACCGUUGGUCUUUAAUUAGCACGUGUAAGAGAUUUGCACAUUGCGUCCAAACUAGAAAUGGCGUUAUUUGAAUAAUAUAUCCAAAUCGGGUGACAUUACUGACACCAAGAUAGAGUAACGGUUUUAGAUUGGCGGAUUUGUACGAACACUGCCGAUGAUUUCCGAAUAUAAAUCCGAUCCAAACGAACGCACUUACAGUUUGUCCUCGUCUAGAAUUUUAAUAUAUAUAUUUUUAAAUUACUAUGUUAAAAAGUGCUCUUAAUAUAUCAGAAGGACAGCCUCAUUAAUAAUCUUCAUCAGUUGGAUAAAAAUGUAAAAAAAGAUACGUUAUUUAUUUCCUAUGUUUGGCUGUACACAACGUCUUGGUAAUUGCAUUGUGAUACAUCAUAAUGACGCUGUUGAAGAUCUACUCAAAUGGCAGGCUGCUGAAAGGGAAAUGUGCAGGAUAAUAAUACUGGCUGAUUAUUAGUAGUUAGGUGUUUACUACCAGGAUAAACGUGUUGAGAUCACACGGUGUGUUAAGGCUGUGAUAAUUUAUAUAUAUAAUACAUAGCGUGUGUGUAUAUACAGAGCUACACACACACGCACACGCACAUAUACACACAUACAUACAUACAUACUUACGUACGUACGUACUUACAUACAUACAUACUU